GGGGUCCGUGAGUGCUGGCGGAGCGGCGGCUCUCGAGGGGCUGAGGUGGAGCCCGCGGGAGGGAACGGGGGGCGCCGCCGCCACGGAGCGUCACCGUGCGGCUGUGUACAGAGGCAUUGGAUUCUCUAGUGCAGAAUAACUGAGAGGAACCGCCUGAGACUCUCACUCAAACUCAGUACGCUUGACAGAGAACUGUUAGGAUGGGAAAUAGUGCAUUAAAAGCCCACCUGGAGACAGCACAGAAAACUGGUGUGUUUCAGCUAACUGGAAAGGGACUUACAGAGUUUCCUGAAGAUCUGCAGAAGCUAACAAGCAACUUAAGGACAAUAGACUUGUCGAACAACAAAAUAGAGCUCUUGCCACCACUCAUUGGAAAAUUUUCCUUGUUGAAGAGCCUUGCUCUAAACAACAACAAACUGACUGCUUUACCUGAGGAGCUGUGUAAACUGAAAAAACUGGAAACGCUACACUUGAAUGGCAAUCACUUGAGGCAGCUGCCGGCUGCGUUUGGACAGCUUUCGGCUCUCAAAACCCUGAGCCUUUCUGGAAAUCAGCUUCGGACUGUGCCUACACAACUCUGUGGUCUUCGCCACUUGGAUGUGGUAGAUCUUUCCAAAAACCAGAUCCAAAACGUGCCCGACAGUGUGGGAGAAUUGCAGGCUAUUGAACUCAAUUUGAAUCAGAAUCAGAUUUCCCAGAUCUCAGUGCAAAUCUCCCACUGUCCCCGCCUCAAAGUGUUGCGUUUAGAAGAAAACUGUCUAGAACUCAGCAUGCUUCCUCAGAGUAUCCUCAGUGAUUCCCAGAUCUCACUGCUUGCAGUAGAAGGCAACCUCUUUGAAAUCAAGAAACUCAGAGAACUGGAAGGUUAUGACAAGUACAUGGAACGAUUUACAGCUACAAAGAAGAAGUUUGCAUGAUCAUUACUCAGACCCUGUGUAUUGCCAGUAGAAGAGUUAGUGACUGAAGCAUCUGCUUCACUGACUUAAACCAAGGCUGAUGGAGAGUACUCCUCCUCUAGUAGUCUGAUACGGUCUGUUAAGGCCACAUUGAAUAAACUUGAAAUAGAGAACAUGGGUAUUGAAGUGACGAACCUGUCCAGGGGCCAGUUUUGGGUUUUUUGUGCCACUAUAGCUUUUACCACACUACAUGUUCUCCUUUGUCAGGGCUUGUUCUUUCACAGAGAAAGGGAAAUGAGCUGGCUGUUGAUCUGUAAGAGGAUUAUUUCUUCUGGAAACAUGUUUCCAUAAUAGCACAUGGAAGUUCUACCACCAAAGCAGAUCUGAAACAUUGUAUGUCGUGCAGUAAGCACUAUUCUACAGUGAAGAACUUUUACAGCUGAGGUUUUAGUUUAUAAGCUGUAUAUGUUUUUUAUGAAGCACAAAUAGUUGUGGCUAAGUGUUCUAUUAACUGCUUCUGGUGAACAAAUCAUGGUUUGAGCAUCCUUCAUUCAUAUUUUACUGUACAGGCUUUCUUUUCCCAUAAGCAAGAAUUGCACUACAGUCCUCUUCUGCUUGAGCUGUAUCAAAUAAAAAUUAGCUUCAUCUUCAGCAUAUUCAGUGAAAAUGUAGAUUGCUGGAAAAUACAAUACCCUUGCACUGACUCCUUGUGUAAAAAGCAAUGCUAAAAGGUUUAAUUGUCAGCCUACUGCUGCUGCCUUAUUACCAAAAGCACCUAGAAAGAGCUAAAAAUGUAUGCAAUUAUGUAACUUAUACUGAAAAAAUUGUACUUGUUUAUUUUAGUAAAAAAUUUUCAAAAAAUCAGUUCAACCUUAUUUGGUGUAACUGCUGCUGUUGUCACUUUAACAAGUAGUACCAAGUUAUCACUGAAGGCUGUCACUUAGGUGCUUGGUUCCAUCAGUUGUUGGUAACAGCUGUACUUCAACUGCUUUGAGAAGGCAGAGGAUUAGAGUAUGUCAGCACUUUGUUGUGUAUGUCAACACUGUGACAAUUCAGUUCGUAUACACUGCACUACAAGGACAAUAAAGUAAGAGCUGUUCUAAGUA